UCAUUUCGCUCCCCAGAAAUUCGCAGAUGGCAGAGCUAGGGUUGACAUGAGUCUUCUUCCGCCAAGCCUCUCAGCUUCAAUGGAGUAUCAAGCAGCUCCAAUAGAUGGCCUCACCGGGAACUUCAGUCUCUUUUCAAGAACGCUUUGUGUCGUUUCGGCUAAUUUGGGAAAAGCUUUGCGUCCACGAGAUUCAAGUUUCUCCUGUGCCCAGCGUCCACAAGAUUCAACCUUCUCCGAGCGAAGUCAUCGUACAAAUGCUGAAUCAGAGCAAACUCAUCCAUUCUUCUUGCCUUCAUGGAUUGGCUGGACUUUAAGGUUGAAUAAACCUUUCAUCUUCAAGAGAUCGUCAUUAUGGAUAUCACAAUUGGGGCAGUGGUGGAGGAGGAGGAGGGGGACAUGGCACUUCUCACCAUGUUUUUUUUGUAAGUUAUGUUUCUCUCGUUUGAUUAUUUCUGGUUUGUAUUACUA